CUUUAAAAGGAGAUCUAUCCACGCAGUCGACUGUCAUAAGUACAAGAUGUUGUUAGAAAACGAUACGUUUUUAACAGAACUGACAAAGAUGUUUCAGAAAGGAAGAUCAUCUGGUUCAAUGAUGUUAACAAUGAAAAGAUGGGAUGGUCAUACAAAGCCACAGCCUAGGAAAGGACAUCUCCCAGACCCAACAGAAUAUAAAUGUUUAAUCAGAGCCUCAUUGGGAAAUAAAAAACUUAGUACAGUGGUCAGUCAAAAGGAUGUUAACAAAUUUCAAAUGGCUUAUGCAAAUUUGUUAAAAGGGAAUAUGGAUGGAUUGAAAAAGAAAGACAAGAAAUCUGCUUCAGGAAAAUCAAAGUCAAAAGCUACACAGUAAACUUUUGAUAGACCAUGAUUCUUACUAUUUUGCAAUAGAAAAUUUCAGAUUGGGUAAGGGAAGUAACUCUUCUAUUGAUUUGUGUGAUGGAACAUACAUUUUUAAUAUAAAAGCGUGAAGUAAGCUCUCCUUAUAUCAAAAUUUAGAACAGCUGACUUUUUAAUCAAUAGAUUGUCAUGAAUUUUUAUAUGACUUUUAAAUGAAAAUUGUAAAAAAAAGUUAAAGCUUAGUAGUUAUUAGUCAACAAAACAAUAAAUUAAUAUUUUACAUUCAGGAAAAUUUUUAGGACCUACCCUAUGGAAUAAAAAAUGGAUACGUGAUGAGUAAUGUUUUCAAAGUUUCAUAGAUGAGGUAAAAUAUUUAGCAGAACAAUUUCUCCUAAUGUUGCAAAACAGUUAUAAUAAUAAUUGUGUCAAAUUUUUGCUAAUUUUUGUUUUGAAAGCUACACAUUUAUGUGUUAAGAUAUGUUAAUUUUUGUAAAUACACAGAGAAUUCAGUGCAUGUGCAAUGAGAGUUGAUGUAAUCUGUGUACAAUGUAUGGAAGGUUGAUUGAAUGAAAACAAUAUCAAACCAGUAAGAAAAUUAUGUGUAAAUUUAAAGGUAUACGAUGUAUGUUGUGUUGUUUAUUAGUACUUUAUUAAAACAAAUGUGUCAGCAGAAGUGAAUAGAGGUAUACAAGUGAUGUUUUAUACAAAUUCAGAAUUUUUUUUUACAGUUAUAUCAAAACUUAAUAAAAAACAUGAAUACAAAAUGUUCUCAAUUACAAAGAACAUUUACCAAUAGGUAUCACCAGUUUAACCUCAAUAAUUAUCUUUGUUGUUGGAGAUACACAGAUUUUGGACAAUUUUUAUUUAUUUAAAACUUCAAAUAGUCUUAACUACCAAUAAUGUCAGUUUAUCAUCACAUCACCUCAUCUUCAUUUAUAUAUUGUAUUCAAUCCAAUCAAAUUUAAAGAAUCAUUAUAUUUAGAUGUAGUGAUUUCUGAAAACAAAUUAUCACCAACUUUUAUGUUUUUUUUAUAAUUAAUCAACAAUUUAUUUGAAAAGUUGAAUGCGAUAACCAAAGAUUUUUUUGAAUAUUUUUGCAAUUUCAAAAAAUCUUAACAUUGCUCUCAUUAAUUUAUGGUCAGGAUUUUUAUAAUUUUAUUGCUGUCAGACAUUUGUCUAGAUUUAUUGUAACAGACUUAUAUGGAAGAAUAUCAUAUAACAGACAAUUGUUUAUAUAUUCAAAUCAGGUAUUUUCAUUGACAUAGAAAUAAGUGUUUAUCAGGUCCUAAUUGACAAAUUUGACAUCUGUAGAAUUUAAUGGUGUAAGAAUUGUUUAUAACACAUUUCACUGUAAAAGAUCAGCUGAGCAAGUUUUUAUGUUUCAUAGAAAAUGUUGUGAUGUAUGCUGCAUAUGUGAGAUUUAUGAAAUAUACAAUUUUUUUGUAUGAUAGAGAAACCAUGGACAGCAUUGAGUUGUUUAUAUAUUUGUGACUUGGAGAAAAGUCAUGAACGAAACAUUUAUUAAGGAAAACUGUUGCAAAUUUAUUUGGUAGUUUGAGGUGUAUUGACUCAAAAGAAAAUCUGAUGUAUUUUGUUAGUUGUAUAGUUCUUUCUAUUUAUCAGAAUUAUACACCAUUGUUAUAUUGAAAAGAAAAAUUUAUUACAAAUAUGUGUGGAUGAGCAUUUUUUCAUUUUAUUUUAUUGUAAGCAUUUUCAUCAUGAACGUUAUUGAUAGGUGAUAUUAUGUAAUAAACAAAAUUGUUUAUUAAAAUUAAAAAUUGGUUAAUAUUCUU